CGCCCGGAGGCGGGCUGGAGGCAAGCGACUCAGCCGGCGGCUGGUGACCGGCCCAGCGUGUGCCGGGUGGGAGAAGGCGAGGCGGCGGCGAUGCUGUCGCUUCCGUGAGGAGCGCCAAGGAGGUCACGGCGCCCGAGGCCCCAGGAGGCUCGAAGGCGCCGCGGGCUGGGGUCGGUGGCUUCGGGUGCCCGCCCGGCUAUGGUGGCCGCGGGCGGUGGUUGGCGCGGCUGCCCUGCGGCCCGGGGCAGUGCGAAGCCGGGACAGUCGCGGCCCUGACGCCCGCGGGGCCCAGCUGCAGAUAUGAAGCGGAGCCGCUGCCGCGACCGACCCCAGCCGCCGCCGUCUGACCGUCGGGAGGAUGGAGUUCAGCGGGCGGCAGAGCUGCCCCAGCUCUUGCCCCCGCGCCGGCGAGCGCCGCCCGGGAGGCCGCGGCUGGAGGAGCGGACCGGGCCCACGGGGCCGGAGGGCAAGGAGCAGGAUGUGGUAACUGGACUUAGUCCCCUGCUCUUCAGGAAACUCAGUAAUCCUGACAUAUUUUCAUCCACUGGAAAAGUUAAACUUCAACGACAACUGAGUCAGGAUGAUUGUAAGUUAUGGAGAGGAAGCCUGGCCAGCUCUCUGUCGGGUAAGCAGCUGCUCCCUUUGUCCAGCAGUGUACAUAGCAGUGUGGGACAGGUGACUUGGCAGUCGUCAGGAGAAACAUCAAACCUGGUUCGAAUGAGAAACCAGUCCCUUGGACAGUCUGCACCUUCUCUUACUGCUGGCCUGAAGGAGUUGAGCCUUCCAAGAAGAGGCAGCUUUUGUCGGACAAGUAACCGCAAGAGCUUGAUUGUGACCUCUAGCACAUCACCUACACUGCCACGGCCACACUCACCACUCCAUGGCCACACAGGUAACAGUCCUUUGGACAGCCCCCGGAAUUUCUCUCCAAAUGCACCUGCUCACUUUUCCUUUGUUCCUGCCCGUAGCCAUAGCCACAGAGCCGACAGGACUGAUGGACGGCGCUGGUCUUUGGCCUCUUUGCCCUCUUCAGGAUAUGGAACUAACACUCCUAGCUCCACUGUCUCCUCGUCAUGCUCCUCACAGGAAAAGCUGCACCAGUUGCCUUUCCAGCCUACAGCUGAUGAGCUACACUUUUUGACAAAGCAUUUCAGCACAGAGAGCGUACCAGAUGAGGAGGGACGGCAGUCCCCAGCCAUGCGGCCCCGCUCCCGGAGCCUCAGUCCUGGACGAUCCCCAGUUUCCUUUGACAGUGAAAUAAUAAUGAUGAAUCAUGUGUACAAAGAAAGAUUCCCGAAGGCCACCGCACAAAUGGAAGAGCGACUAGCAGAGUUUAUUUCCUCCAACACUCCAGACAGCGUGCUGCCCUUGGCAGAUGGAGCCCUGAGCUUUAUUCAUCAUCAGGUGAUUGAGAUGGCCCGAGACUGCCUGGAUAAAUCUCAGAGUGGCCUCAUUACAUCACAGUACUUCUAUGAACUUCAAGAAAAUCUGGAGAAACUCUUGCAAGAUGCUCAUGAGCGCUCAGAGAGCUCGGAAGUGGCUUUUGUGAUGCAGCUAGUGAAAAAGCUGAUGAUUGUCAUUGCCCGUCCAGCACGUCUCCUGGAAUGCCUGGAGUUUGACCCUGAAGAGUUCUACCACCUAUUAGAAGCAGCUGAGGGCCACGCCAAAGAGGGACAAGGGAUUAAAUGUGACAUUCCCCGCUACAUCGUUAGCCAGCUGGGCCUCACACGGGAUCCCCUAGAGGAAAUGGCCCAGUUGAGCAGCUGUGACAGUCCUGACACUCCAGAAACAGAUGAUUCUAUUGAGGGCCGUGGGGCAUCUCUGCCAUCUAAAAAGACACCCUCUGAAGAGGACUUCGAAACCAUUAAGCUCAUCAGCAAUGGCGCCUAUGGGGCUGUAUACCUGGUGCGGCACAAGUCCACCCGGCAGCGCUUUGCCAUGAAGAAGAUCAACAAGCAAAACCUGAUCCUACGGAACCAGAUCCAACAGGCCUUCGUGGAACGUGACAUACUGACUUUCGCUGAGAACCCUUUUGUGGUCAGCAUGUUCUGCUCCUUUGAGACCAAGCGCCACUUGUGCAUGGUGAUGGAGUAUGUUGAAGGGGGAGACUGUGCCACUCUGCUGAAGAAUAUUGGGGCCCUGCCUGUGGACAUGGUGCGUCUAUACUUUGCAGAAACUGUGCUGGCCCUGGAGUACUUACACAACUAUGGCAUCGUGCACCGUGACCUCAAGCCUGACAACCUCCUAAUUACAUCCAUGGGGCACAUCAAGCUCACUGACUUUGGACUGUCCAAAAUUGGCCUCAUGAGUCUGACAACGAACUUAUAUGAGGGUCAUAUUGAAAAGGAUGCCCGGGAAUUCCUGGACAAGCAGGUAUGCGGGACCCCCGAAUACAUUGCGCCUGAGGUGAUCCUGCGCCAGGGCUAUGGGAAGCCAGUGGACUGGUGGGCCAUGGGCAUUAUCCUGUAUGAGUUCCUGGUGGGCUGUGUCCCUUUUUUUGGAGAUACUCCGGAGGAGCUCUUUGGGCAGGUGAUCAGUGAUGAGAUUGUGUGGCCUGAGGGUGAUGAUGCACUGCCCCCAGACACCCAGGACCUCACCUCCAAACUGCUCCACCAGAACCCUCUGGAGAGACUGGGCACAGGAGGUGCCUAUGAGGUGAAGGAGCACCCAUUCUUUACUGGUCUGGACUGGACAGGACUUCUCCGCCAGAAGGCUGAAUUUAUUCCUCAGCUGGAGUCAGAGGACGAUACUAGCUAUUUUGACACCCGCUCAGAGCGCUACCACCACGUGGACUCGGAGGAUGAGGAAGACGUGAGUGAGGAUGGCUGCCUUGAGAUCCGCCAGUUUUCCUCCUGCUCUCCAAGGUUCAGCAAGGUAUACAGCAGCAUGGAACGGCUCUCGCUGCUCGAAGAGCAUCGGACGCCACCCCCGACCAAGCGCAGCCUAAGUGAGGAGAAGGAGGACCGCUCAGAAGGCCUGGCGGGGCUCAAAGGCCGAGACCGGAGCUGGGUGAUCGGCUCCCCUGAUAUAUUACGGAAGCGGCUGUCGGUGUCUGAGUCAUCCCACACAGAGAGUGACUCAAGCCCUCCAAUGACAGUGCGACGCCGCUGCUCGGGCCUCCUGGAUGUACCUCGGUUCCCUGAGGGCCCUGAGGAGGCCAGCAGCACCCCCAGGAGGCAGCUGCAGGAGGGUGUAUGGUUCCUGACACCCCCUUCCGGAGAGGCGGUAUCUGGGCUUGUCCCUGAACGCUCUGGGGAGCAGCGGCUGAAGCUGGAUGAGGAAGCUGUUGGACGGAGCAGUAGUUCCAGUCCAGCUAUGGAGAACCGAGGCCGUGGGAUCCCGCAGCUGUCUGAAGGAGCGACGGCCAAGGCCAUCAGUGACCUGGCUGUGCGUAGGGCCCGCCACCGGCUGCUGUCUGGGGACUCUACAGAGAAGCGCACCGCUCGCCCUGUCAACAAAGUGAUCAAGUCUGCCUCAGCCACAGCCCUCUCGCUCCUCAUUCCUUCGGAACACCACACCUGCUCCCCGUUGGCCAGCCCCAUGUCCCCACAUUCUCAGUCGUCCAACCCAUCAUCCCGGGACUCUUCUCCAAGCAGGGACUUCUUGCCAGCCCUUGGCAGUGUGAGGCCGCCCAUCAUCAUCCACCGAGCUGGCAAGAAGUAUGGCUUCACCCUGCGGGCCAUUCGUGUCUACAUGGGUGACUCCGACGUCUACACCGUGCACCACAUGGUGUGGCACGUGGAGGACGGAGGUCCAGCCAGCGAGGCAGGGCUUCGUCAAGGUGACCUCAUCACCCAUGUCAAUGGGGAAACUGUGCAUGGGCUGGUGCACACAGAGGUGGUGGAGCUGAUCCUGAAGAGUGGAAACAAGGUGGCUAUUUCAACAACUCCCCUGGAGAACACAUCCAUUAAAGUGGGGCCAGCUAGGAAGGGCAGCUACAAGGCCAAGAUGGCCCGAAGGAGCAAGAGGAGCCACGGCAAGGAUGGGCAAGAAAGCAGAAAAAGGAGUUCCUUGUUCCGCAAGAUCACCAAGCAAGCAUCCCUGCUCCACACCAGCCGCAGCCUUUCUUCCCUUAACCGUUCCUUGUCAUCAGGGGAGAGUGGGCCAGGCUCUCCCACACACAGCCACAGCCUUUCCCCCCGAUCUCCCACUCAAGCCUACCGCAUGACCCCCGAUGCUGUGCAUUCAGUGGGGGGGAAUUCAUCACAGAGCAGCUCCCCCAGCUCCAGCGUGCCCAGUUCCCCAGCCGGCUCUGGGCAUACACGGCCUAGCUCCCUCCACGGUCUGGCACCCAAGCUCCAGCGCCAGUACCGCUCUCCACGGCGCAAGUCAGCAGGCAGCAUCCCACUGUCACCACUGGCCCACACCCCUUCUCCCCCACCCCCAGCAGCUUCACCUCAGCGGUCCCCAUCACCCCUGUCUGGCCAUGUAGCCCAGGCCCUUCCCACAAAGCUUCACUUGUCACCUCCCCUAGGCAGGCAACUCUCGCGGCCCAAGAGUGCGGAGCCACCCCGUUCACCACUACUCAAGAGGGUGCAGUCAGCCGAGAAACUGGCAGCAGCACUGGCCGCUUCCGAGAAGAAGCUAGCCACUUCUCGCAAGCACAGCCUUGACCUGCCCCACUCUGAGCUAAAGAAGGAACUGCCGCCUAGGGAAGUCAGCCCUCUGGAGGCGGUUGGAGCUAGGGGUGUGCUUUCCGGCAAGGGAGCCCUGCCAGGGAAAGGGGUGCUGCUGCAACCUGCUCCUUCACGGGCCCUAGGCACUCUCCGGCAGGACCGAGCCGAACGACGAGAGUCACUGCAGAAGCAAGAAGCCAUCCGUGAGGUGGACUCCUCAGAGGAUGACACGGAGGAGGGGCCUGAGAACAGCCAGGGUGCACAGGAGCUGAGUGUAGCACCUCAACCAGAAGUGAGCCAGAGUGUGGCCCCCAGAGGAGCAGAAGAGAGUGGGGAAGAGGAUACUUUCUCAUCCAGAGUCCCCAGGAGCCCAGGCCCAGUGAUCCCAGGCCUAUUGACAGGGAUUACACUGGGGCCUCCCAAAAUGGAAGGUCCCAGUGGUCUCCAGAGGAGGCUCGGGAGCCCACAAACUGUUGAGGAGGCUGUGAGCUCCUCCUCACCAGACCCCAACCUGGGUAAGUCUGGAGCUACAGACCCCAUCCUUUCUGAAGGUUGCUGGAAGGUUCAGCGCCUCCAUACCCAGGCACUAACAGCACUUUCUCCCAGCUUUUCAGGACUCGUGCCCUCCAGCAGCCGCUCUCCUCCCACCUCCACCUCUGGGAAGCCAGGCACGUGGUCCUGGAAAUUCCAUAUUGAGAGCCCAGACAGGGCAUCCCCAAGCAGAAAGGCAACCAUGGCAGGUGGGCUAGCCAACCUCCAGGAUUUGGAAACCACAACUCCAGCCCACCCUAAGAACCUGUCUCCCAGGGAGCAGGGGAAGACACAGCCACGUAGUGCCCCCAGACUGACCCAUCCCCCUUGUGAGGAUCCCAGCCAAGGCUGGCUAUGGGAGUCUGAGUGUGCACAAGUAGUGAAAGAGGAUCCAGCCCUGAGCAUCACCCAAGUGCCUGAUGCCUCAGGUGACAGAAGACAGGACGUUCCAUGCCGAGGCUGCCCCCUCACCCAGGAGUCUGAGCCCAGCCUCCUCUGGAGGGGCCAAGAACCAGGGGGCCAUCAAAAGCAUCAGGAUUUGGCAUUGGUGCCAGAUGAGUUUUUAAAGCAAACAUAGCAAUUGUUUGCCAUUUCUUGCACUCAGACCUGUGUAAUAUAUGCUCCUGGAAACCAUC